AGAGCGGGUGAUCGGGCGCACACACACUCGCUGGGGGUGUGUGAGGGGGGGGGGGAGAGGCAGAAGAAAUGAAACACGCUGCGGGUCCCGAAGCAGCAGACGAGCCGGGCCGAGCCGUUCCUUCCCGCUCCGGGCUCCUCCUCGUCCUCCGCUCGCAGCGGGGCGCCGCGCGCCGUCCGGCUUCAUGUCGUUUGUCCGCGCGCCGCUGUCGGCUCACCGGCUCGCGGCGCAGUGAGAGAGAAAGUCCGCACCGGAUUUGAAACCUGCGAAACCCGAACCAUCUCCCCCCCCCCCGUCCGUCCCGUCCCGUCCCGUGGAUGAAGUCCUCCGGAUAGCUCCACGGACUUCCUGCUUCUUCUCGCGUAUUUGGGAUUAUUCGUUUGAAACACGGAGAGAUGAUGAUUGUGUUUGCUAUCAGCCUGGCCGUGUUGUCAAAUGCAGGUCUGUCGGUGGAGGUGUUUCGCGCCGGCGUGGGUCCUCGCUGCGAGAGCCGGGCCUGCAACCCCCGCAUGGGCAACCUGGCCCUGGGCCGCCGGGUCCUGACGCAGACCGUCUGCGGCAACAACGCCACCGAGCUCUACUGCUCCUACUCCGACCCCGACGCCAACCUGGCCUGCGGCGCCGCCCGCUGCGCCAAGUGCAACGCCGGCCUGCCGCUGCUCUCCCACCUGGCCGGCGCCAUGUCGGACUCCUCCUUCCGCCACCCCAACACCUGGUGGCAGUCGGCCGAGGGGGCGGAGUCGGAGACGGUGCAGCUGGACCUGGAGGCGGAGUUCCUCUUCACCCACCUCAUCGUGGUGUUUCGCUCGCCGAGGCCGGCCGCCAUGACCCUGGAGCGCUCGCAGGACUUCGGCCGCUCGUGGCGGAUGCUGCAGUACUACGCCGCCAACUGCAGCGCCGCCUUCGGGGUGGAGGAGGGGGGGGGCGGGAAGGCGGGCCGCGACGGGGCCGCCUGCACCGCCAAGUACUCCGGGGCGUAUCCCUGUGACCGCGGCGAGGUAAUCUACCGCACGCUCCCCAAGUGGGAGUCCCUGGACCCGUUCGGGGUCGAGGGCCAGCAGCAGCUGAGGGUGACCGACGUCCGGAUCCGGCUGCUGAGGCGCCAGCCGUGUCCCUGCCAGGCCAGGGACCUCGCCGCCGCCCGCGAGGCCCCGCCCACCCGCCACUUCGCCAUCUACGACCUGGUCGUGAAGGGGAGCUGCUUCUGCAACGGGCACGCCGAGCAGUGCGUGAGCGCCCCGGGCUACCAGCCCACCAGGGACCGCACCAACCACGUGGUUCAUGGGAAGUGUGUGUGCAGACACAACACUGCAGGUGAUCACUGCGAGCGCUGCACCCCGCUCCACAACGACCGGCCCUGGCAGCCCGCCGACGGACUGACGGGCGCGCCGCACGAAUGUCGCAAGUGCGAGUGCAACCGGCACGCUCAGAGCUGCCGCUUCGACUGGACGGCGUGGCGCGAGUCCGGCCAGCGCAGCGGGGGCGUCUGCGACUGUCUGCACAACACCGAGGGCCGGCGGUGUGACGCGUGCAAGGCCGGCUUCUACAGAGACCCCGAGAGGCCGCACACGGCCCCCGACUCCUGCAGACCAUGCAGCUGUCACCCGCUGGGCUCCACGCCCUUCCACCUGGCCGGCGGCUCCCUCUGCGACCCCUCCAGCGGGAACUGCAUCUGCAAACCCGGGGUGGACGGCGCCCGCUGCGAGAGGUGCAUGGUGGGAUACUGGGGCUUCCACGAGUACGGCUGCCGCCCCUGCGACUGCGCCGGGGACUGCGACCCGUUCACCGGAGACUGCGUGUUUGGCUCCGACCUCGACAACGGGAACUCCAGCGAGCCGGGGAGGAUGUUCAGAGCGGACGAACUCUUCUCUGCCCGCCGCCCAGAGAAGUGCGUGUGCAAAGAGCAGGCCCUGACCAGCAGUAAACUCUUCUGCACCAUGAGUUACGCGUACGUCCUGAAGGCGAAGGUGCUGUCGGCCCACGACAAGGGCUCCCACGCCGAGGUGGAGGUCAAGGUGCAGAAGGUGCUGAGUCAGAAGACCAAGUUGAAGAUACGGCGAGGACGGGUCACCCUUUACCCCGAGUCCUGGACCGCGCGGGGGUGCACCUGCCCGAUCCUCAACCCAGGGCUGGAGUACCUCAUGGCGGGCCACUCGGACCGAAAGCAGGGCCGCCUCCUGGUCAACAUGAAGAGCUUCGUCAAGCCUUGGACGGCCAGCUUGGGGCGCAAAGUCCUCGCGCUGCUCAAGAAAGACUGCAACUGGUAGGACGGGACGGGCCGAGAGACGCGUCCCCCCCCCCCCCCCCGGAAGGACGGACGGAGGGGGGGGGGGGAGGACUCGGACUUUCAUUCCCCUCCAGGUUGCGGAGGGUCCAAUCGCACUGGUCCGGGAGCCUGAAAGCACGCGGGGUCCUUCCUUCUAUUAAGUCGCUUCACGUCCCGCACGGCAGGAUUUCUUCUUCUUCUUCUUCUUCUGCCGGCGGCGCUUCGAGGGAACUGAGGGAUUCUGCGCUUCGGCCCGAGUGCUCGCUGAUCCAUUUGGACCCGCCGACGUGCGUUGAAAGACUGAACCUCUCCCUCUCUGCAGCACUUUAGCCGAAGAUGGACUGAGGAGACACAGACACACAGGGAGAGGAAGAUUUAACACACACACACACGCACACUAAAUGCACAACCAUUCCCUAUUACAAGGAACACGCUUCCACCCAGCAGUGUGUGUGUGUGUGUGUGUGUGUGUGUGUGCGUUGACGCUGAACAAGCCAUACAAGCCACUACAGGUGGUUCAAUCUUAAACCAGUCCAGGUGCGCCUGUGUUGAAAUGGGAGUGAAUGGAUUUUACCCCAUGAUGUGAAUGUGUAUGACUGCUUUGGGAAGUGUGUGUGUGUGUGUGUGUGUGUGUGUGUGUGUGUGAAUGCAGAGGUUUAUUACCAGUCCAGAUUAAGUCCAGCUCUUUUUUCGUGGGUUUGUGUCGACUUUCAAAAGCGUUUACGAUGCAGCGCUGUGUGUAUUGAUUCAUCUCCUAUUACACUCCUUUGUUAUCCCUUCCUCUUCCUGCUCUUGUACAGUAUUAUUUGUAUAUAUCUAUAUAAAUAUUAUGUUCAUCUUUCGCCGCUUUGUUUAAUUGUUUUUGUACAUGGUAACAUUAAAGGAUGAUUACAACCGUG